CUCUCACAUUUUUCUUUUGUUCCUUCUACCCGUUAUCUUCAUCCAAUACCAAAAAAAAAAAAAAAUGGCUACUUUAGCACUAAACAAACUCUUUCUUCCGAUUGUUUUCCUUGUACUGAUCAUAAAAGUUUCACAGUCAAAGGCAGCGCUGGAUGCUCGUUACUAUGAUCAAACAUGUCCUGAAGCUGAGAAAAUUAUACUAGACACUGUGCGUAAUGCUUCCAUGCAUGACCCCAAAGUCCCAGCUCGAAUUCUCAGGAUGUUCUUUCAUGACUGUUUCGUAAGGGGGUGCGACGCAUCAGUGUUGCUAGACUCGACCCCACAAAACAAAGCAGAGAAAGAUGGCCCUCCCAACAUCUCUCUUCAAGCAUUCUACGUGAUUGAUGAUGCGAAAGCCAAGCUUGAACGGGCAUGUCCGCAGACAGUUUCUUGCGCUGAUAUAAUCACCAUUGCAGCAAGAGAUGUAGUGGCAAUGUCUGGGGGUCCCUUCUGGAAUGUACUUAAAGGAAGGAAAGAUGGAAGAGUCUCCAGUGCAGCCGAAACAAUUAACUUACCAGCGCCAACUUUCAACGUUUCGCAACUCAUUCAAAGUUUUGCUAAGAGAGGUUUAGGGGUCAAGGAUUUGGUGGCUCUAUCUGGAGGUCACACUCUAGGUUUCUCACACUGUUCUUCCUUCCAAGCUCGGCUCCAUAAUUUCAGUUCAGUUCAUGACAUCGACCCUAGUUUGAACAGUGAAUUUGCAGAAACUCUGAGAAAGAAAUGCCCGAAACCGAACAAGGAUAGGAAUGCAGGACAGUUCUUGGACUCCACAGCGUCAAUUUUUGAUAAUAACUACUACAAACAACUUUUGGCAGGAAAAGGUGUGUUCGGAUCUGACCAAGCAAUCAUCAGUGAUUACAGGACAAGAUGGAUUGUUGAAUCAUUUGCCAAGGAUCAAACUUUGUUCUUCAAAGAAUUUGCAGCGUCGAUGGUGAAACUGGGAAAUGUGGGGGUGAUUGAAAAUGGAGAAGUGAGAUUGAAAUGCCGAGUGGUAAAUUGAGGCUGACACAGAGAUCAC